AUGGCAAAGAUCUGCACAGAAAGGUCCUACCCAUCUAAUCAUAGGUUUUCCUUUAGGGCCUCCGAUGAUGAACUGGACCAAAUUGAGAACGGUUCCAGCAGGGCGCAGUCUUUUUGUGAGGACACUGUCUCUGACUUGCAUGGGGUCAUUUCCUCAGACACCAGUCAACUUCACAAGUCUCGCAGGAGCUCGUUUACAGGUGCUGGGGCCAUGGCCAGGCUUUCCAACUUCCUGUAUAUGCUGAGGAACUGGGCUUCCCAUAGGCUGCAGCCUGAGAUUGAGAGACCCGAUUCCUUUCUGGAGAGAUUCCGUGGGCCUGAGCUGAAAGAUAUUUCUAGCCGAGGCAGCAAUGCCCAUUCUUCCCUAGAGGGCUUUGAGAAACCUCACAAAAGAAAAGAUGCCCGUCAGUGGCCACUAGCAAUUUACAAUAUGAACAACUGCAACAACACAGAUGAAAAACUUCUCAGCUUUUUAAAUGUAUAUAAACAAAAUGCCACCUUUAGCAAAAAGGACCAGACAAAAAAAGAUGACAAAAAAGAGGAAGAGAAAAAAGAGGGGAACAAGAACGAGCAAAAAAAAGAGGAAAAGGAAGAGAAAAAAGAUGAAAAGGACGAUGAUAAGAAAGAGGAAAAGAAGGAUGAUAAGAAAGAUGAUAAAAAGAAAGAAGAUCCACCGAAAGUUUCAUGGAUCAUGGAUCCCUCUGUAGACAUUUACUAUCGAUGGCUCACAAUAAUAGCAGCGCCGGUGUUUUACAACCUGAUGAUGCUGAUAACAAGGGCGUGUUUUAAUGAGCUUCAGGACUCUUUCACAACCCUGUGGAUGGCCCUGGACUACUCUUCAGACCUAAUCUACUAUGGAGACACAUUUGUGAGAUCAAGAACAGGCUUCCUGGAGCAAGGCCUUCUGGUUAAAGACACCAAGAAGUUAAGGGAGCAUUAUAGAAAAACUCCACAGUUUAAAUAUGAUGUUUUCUCCAUGCUUCCAACCGAUAUUUUAAUGCUAAAAGUGGGAUACAACAAUCCAGAACUGCGCUUUAACCGUCUCUUUAAAAUUUCACGGCUCUUCGAGUUCUUCGACCGGACAGAGACCAGAACUAACUACCCGAACAUCUUCCGUAUCAGCAACCUUGUGCUUUACAUCCUGGUCAUCAUUCAUUGGAAUGCUUGCAUCUUCUUCGCUAUUUCAAAAACCAUCGGUUUUGGCACGGAUAGUUGGGUCUACCCAAACAUCAGCCAUCCUGAAUAUGGACGCCUGUCAAGGAAAUACAUUUACUGCCUGUACUGGUCCACCCUGACACUCACCACUAUUGGAGAAACUCCGCCUCCAGUCAGAGACGUGGAGUAUAUAUUUGUAGUCGCGGACUUUCUCAUUGGAGUGCUGAUUUUUGCUACUAUCGUAGGUAACGUCGGUGCCAUGAUCUCCAACAUGAACGCGUCCCGUGCGGAGUUCCAGGCCAAGAUCGACUCCAUCAAGCAAUACAUGCAAUUUCGAAAAGUCAGCAAAGACCUAGAGGCCAGAGUCAUUAAGUGGUUUGACUACCUCUGGACAGAGAAGAAGACCUGCGAUGAGAAGGAGGUGCUUAAAAAUCUUCCAGACAAGCUUAAGGCAGAGAUAGCCAUCAACGUUCAUCUGGACACGCUAAAGAAGGUGCGAAUCUUCCAGGAUUGUGAAGCUGGGCUGCUUAUCGAACUGGUGCUCAAACUGCAGCCUCAGGUGUUCAGCCCCGGGGAUUACAUUUGCAAGAAGGGCGACAUUGGAAGAGAAAUGUACAUCAUAAAAGAAGGGAAGCUUGCUGUAGUGGCCGAUGAUGGGGUCACACAGUUUGUAGUGCUUAGCGAUGGUGCUUACUUUGGCGAAAUCAGUAUUCUGGGCAUCAAAGGCAGUAAGGCCGGAAACAGACGGACAGCCAACAUUCGCAGUGUGGGCUAUUCAGAUCUCUUCGCUCUGUCUAAAGAUGACCUCAUGGAAGCGCUUACGGAGUACCCUGAGGCCAAAAAGGCCCUGGAGGAGAAGGGAAAAGCCAUCUUAAGGAAGGAUAACCUGCUGGACGAAGCUGUGGCCAGUGCAGGGGCAGAUCCCAAAGAUUUAGAGGAAAAAAUCUCACGAUUGGAGAGCAACCUUGAUGUAAUGACCACAAAGUUUGCCAGGCUCAUGGCAGAAUACACAUCCUAUCAGACUAGAAUCAAGCAAAGGCUUUCCAAUAUGGAAAACAAGGUAAAAACUCUGCGGCCAGAAGAUCUGUCUGAAGUGGUUGCAGACAAAAAAGAGGAAGAGAAGAAAAAAUAG